CACCGAAUGAUGGAUCAUUGAUUAGGCGGAGCUGAGGACAGAUCGCACAGGGUUGCACCGACAGUGGAUCGCCUCGGCUCCGAGCCCGCAUUUGAAACGGCCAGCAGUUUAACUUCCGGCUCCCGAACUGGCAAGCCUGACAUCCGCGCCACGAUAUGCAGAAUAGUACAGGAAUCGGUGUCCUCGAUCCAGGCCUCUUAUGUUCUGGGCCCGUCCAAUUGGCCUGCAAUCGCACCCGAAUCAGGUUAACUAGCCCCGAAUUUUGUCUCCGCCUUUUGUCCGCCCGGGUCAUCGGGUCAGCGGCUUCCUGCAUUCCUCACGGAAGACAGCUUUGCUCACUCUUCUUGAUUUUCUUGUCUUUGGCCAGCUUUGGAAAUGGGCACCGUCAUCGUAUCACACUGCCCAACCAACCUACUCAGAGAUUUCUCAAGACGGGGGCUCGAGAUGUGGAGAUAUGCGGUAUUGUCUACCUCGAGCGCCAGUCCCGUCAAGCGGGGCGACGGGACGAUCAACACCGCUCGCGAUACAAAUGAUGGAACCUAGCGCCAUCCAGAUCGCCUAGCCACGGCGCUACGACUCGGCUGCCCCCUGUUAGAACAACCCCGCUUCUGUGUGAUGAUUCUGGAUGUGAAGACUUUACGCUCCCGUUCAAUG